AUGCUUUUUCUUUCAUGUUGUUUGUUAAUGUUUUCUCCAAAUAUUAGUUGGUUUGGUGUACAUUUAAGGCUUGAAUGGUAUGUUAUGAUUAAAACAGAUUCUUCUUAUCAAAUCGCGUAA